AUGGCAGAGCCUCCUGCCAAACGCGCACGGCGCGUGGACAGUAGUACUAUGUGGGAGAAGAACGAUACGCAUAACGGUCAUGCUGGACAGGAUAUGGAUCACAGUCGCAGACGCUCACCUAAUCCCCGCGACGUACGGAAGGAUGACCCUUGGGAAGAGCGCCGCCACCGCUCACGUUCUCGAGAUCGUAAUGAAAGACGGCGAGAAAGGAGCUGGUCUCGAGAUCGCCGAGUCAUGGACCGAAAGGACCGAGAUCGAGAUGACCGUGGCGGUCGAGACCGCAUGAGAGAUGUCAGCAGGGACCGUGGACAUGACCGACGAGUGCAAGGUAAAGGCGACAGGAUCCGUAAUCGCUCGCGAUCCCCAAGACGAAACGGAGCAAGACCUCGCUCACGAAGCCCACCUCCUCGAGGACCUAAAGGCGACCGCCAUCCCGAUUACAAAGAGCCCCGAUUCCGAAACGAUGGACGCUCUGCGAAUGGCCCUGCAGCUGUCGGCCAUCAUCCAGACGAGAUGGAGGUAGAUUACAAGGACGACGCCGACGAGGACGAGAUGGAGGCAAUGAUGCGGAAGAGUAUGGGUUUUACCAGAUUCCGAACCACGAAAAACACCAAGGUGCCGGGGAACAAUGUCUAUGGCGUGCACAAGGUUUCAGUGAGCGAGUAUCGCCAGUACAUGAACCGUCCAGGUGGUUUCAACCGGCCGCUCAGUCCGUCUCGGUAA